AUGUAUGGCGGCGGAAACGGAGAAGCGGCAGCGGCCUGCGUGAUGGAUGGACGAGGGCAGAAGGGCGAGGGACGCGCUGAGCGUCUGUGGGUGGAUGCUCAGAGGGCAGUCUCUUUUGCUGACAUCUGCCUAGCUAAAAAGCAUACACAGUCUCCAGUCACUCUCAGCAGAAAGAUCAGGAUGCUUACUGUGCUGGAGAUCUCACUGCUCUGCCCUGUGACUGUUUCUGAAGGAAAAAGUGCAUGGGAAAUGCCGUCCACCUUUGAAAGAAUGAGGUCAUUGUGCUUAAUCAGAUCUCCCAAAGAAAGUGAGGAAAAUGAAAAGCAAGAAAAAGCUGCUAAGACACUCAACCUCUUGGCCAUGUUUUGCCUCAUUCUUCAGUGCAACGGGGAAAAAAGAUUAUCGUCCUGGAAGAGAAGAGGUGUGUUCUGCUCUGCCCUUUGCCAGGUCCAUGGCUCUCUACCCUAUGCCCACCCAGCUGAUUCCAGUGUCUCUGCCAAGCGGGAACAACGCUCCCCCAUCCUCACUAGAAACAGCACCAGGGCAAGCCAGGCAUAUGUUCCAGAAAUGCUCCACUUCAUUAAAAGUAGCAACUCCUGCCCCUUUGCUCUUCCAGGUCAUUAUCAUGGCCAGCCUAUGAGAAAGUGCAACACGAGGCUGUGUCUCUCCAUCACGGACUUCCACCCUGACACGUGGAACACAGCCUGGUCCGUCUCCACCACCCCCACUGGGCUGCUCAGCUUCAUGGUGGAAAAGGGCCCCACCCUGGGCAGCAUAGAGACACAGGACUUUAAGAAAAGACAACGGGCAGCACAUUUAGCGUUUAAUUUAAAAGAUAAAGUUUUUUGUGAAUUAUUUCCUGAAGUUGUGGAGGAAACUAAACAAAAGCAGAAAGCACAUGACGAACUCAGUAGCAGGCCGCAGACUCUCCCCCUGCCAGAUGUGGUUCCCAAUGGAGAAACGCAAUACGGCCAGAACGGGAUCCAGCUUCUCAACGGGCCUGCGCCUGGUGCCGGCCCGAACCUGGCACGGCUACAGCGGGCCAACCGGUACCAUGGACUCCCGGGUGGUGCUCUGGCGAACUUGUUUGUUAUAGUUGGGUUUGUAGCCUUUGCCUACACCGUCAAGUACGGGCUGAGAAGCACAGCGCAAGGGUGA